UUUCCAGAAUUACAAUACAUUCUUCUGCUUGAGUUCCAAUUUUAGUUUUAUCCUUUUUCUUGGUUGAAAGAGAUUUGAGAAUGGUUCGUUUCAGCAACAACAUCAUCGGAUUACUAAAUUUUGCGACAUUUGUGCUGUCCAUCCCUAUCUUGGGCGGAGGAAUAUGGCUCGCAACAAAGGCGGACAGUGAUUGUGAGAAGUUUCUUCAGUGGCCUGUCAUCGCCAUUGGAGCUUUUCUUAUGAUCGUCUCUCUCGUCGGCUUUGUGGGCGCCUGUUGCAGAGUAAAAUGGCUGCUCUGGUUUUACGUGGCCGUCAUGUUUAUUCUCAUUGUGCUCUUGUUCUGCUUCACUGUCUUCGCCUUCGUAGUCACCAACAAGGGCGCCGGGGAGACAGUUUCAGGAAAAGGGUACAAAGAAUACAAGCUGGGGGACUACUCAAACUGGUUGCAGAAGAGAGUGGAGAAGAGCAGCAACUGGAACAAAAUCAAAAGCUGCCUUCAGGACGCCAAAGUGUGCAAAAGCCUCGCCGAUGAUUCGGUCAACGAAGUUGCAGAGCAGUUCUACAAAAAGAAUUUAUCCCCAAUUCAGUCGGGUUGUUGCAAGCCUCCAACCUCGUGCGGCUUUGUGUAUGUGAACGCCACUUAUUGGACUUCAACAGCAAGCAAUUCAACAGACAUGGAGUGUAGCAAAUGGAGUAAUGAGCAGGAUGAACUGUGUUAUAAUUGUAAUUCGUGCAAGGCAGGUGUGCUGGCAAACUUGAAGCACGACUGGCGAAAGAUUGGUGUUAUCAAUAUUGUGAUGCUCAUUGCUCUCGUUGUGGUUUAUUCCGUGGGGUGCUGUGCGUUCAGGAAUAUUAGGCGCGAUGAGAGAAAUGGGUAUAAAUAUAAUACAUAUCCUUGAGCUCGAGGUUCGGCUAAGGAAGGGCAAAUCGUUGUACCAUAAAUGAUUUUUUCCCCCAUUUUUUACUUUAGCUGAUUCUGACAUUCUUUCUAGUUGGAGCAGUUCCAGUUGAUAUUCAUGUUGUUGGUGUAGCUUUCCAGGGCUCAUGUGGCUCUGUAUUAAUAAUAUUUAUUUAUGAGAGAGAUCUCUUCAUUUU